AUGCCCCGCAAAGUCCGGUACAACCUCGCCGCCUCGCUCGACGGCUUUAUAGCCACCCCCACCGGCUCCUACAGCUGGAUCGUCGACGACAAGACCAUUGAUUUCGAUAGCCUGUACGCCCAGUUCGGCUGCUUUGUCAUGGGCCGAACAACACACGAGGCAUAUCUUGCCAUGGACCCCGCAGAGAACCCGUUGCGGGCUUACUACAAAACAGGGAGCGUGGUUGUUGUUGGCGACACCCUGGAUCGAGAUCUGGAGACACAGGUUGAGGUUGUGAAGCUAGGGGAGGUGGAGUCUUUUGUCAGGGCGCUCAAGGGGAGGGAGGGGGGAAAGGAUGGUGAUAUCUGGCUCAUGGGUGGGGGCAAGUUGGCGGGGGAGAUGCUGAGGUUGGGACUGGUUGACACGGUGGAGGUGGCGGUUAUGCCGGUGUUGCUGGGGGAGGGGGUGAAGAUGUUUGAGGGAAAGGGAAGAGAGGAAGGGUGGAGGUUGGAGUUGAGGGGAUGUGAGAGGAAAGAGACGGGGAUUUUGAUGCUGGAGUAUGAUGUUCUUUAUGAGGAGCCCUGGAGAUGA